AUGUCUGGCCGAUUCGUUUCCGGCGGGACCAUUAGCGCGGACAACAACGACUCAAAAGCCACGCCCGCUGCUGCUGCUGCUGCUCCCAAUGCUGCCGCUGCCUCUGUAGAAAGAGAGCCGCUGGCGAAGAAGAGCGUGGAGUGGGAGGCGGUGCAGCGGGAGCUCGAGGAGGAGAGGAGGAAGAGGGAGCGGGCUCGGGCGGAGCUGGCGGGGGAGGGUGGGCAGCAGCAGAGCUUGUAUGAUGUCUUGCAGGCGAAUAAAGCGGCGAAACAGGCGGCGUUUGAAGAACAGAACAAGCUCAAGAACCAGUUCCGUGCGCUGGAUGACGAUGAGAUUGAGUUUCUGGAUGAAGUGAGGGCCAAGGAAAAGGCGGAGGAGGAGCGGAAGAGGAGAGAGGUGGAAGAGGGGCUGAAGGCGUUUCGAGAGAGGCAGAAGAGUACUAGUAGUGGUGGUGGCGGCGGCGAUGGGGAGGAUGGUGGUGGAGGAGGGAAGGAGGAGGAGGAGGAGUGGGUUGUUGGGGGGAGGAAGAGGAAGAGGCAUGAGAGGGAGGUUUUGGGGGUGAAGAAGAAGGUUGUUGUCGGUGGUGGUGAUGAGAAGGAUGGGAAGAAGCCGAGCUUGGGGCUCGUAAGUUACGAUUCGGAGAGUGACGAAGAAGAGGACUGA